CCUUCUGGCAUUACAACUUUCUGCAUUUUGCUUUCCCCUUUUUCCUUUCACUUUUCUUCCUCUUUGUCUCAAUACAUCUAUAUACAUAUAUAUAUAUAUAUAUAUGGUACCCCACGUGAACUAGUUCUUGUAAUUGUCUACACAAAUACAUAUAGAUAAAUUGAUCGGUUACUUAAUUCUGUGUUCCGCUUAAUUUGUUCUUGUGGUUCUGUAAGAGUUUGAUGGAGAAUUUUCGUAAUAAUUCUUCUUGUUUGGAGUUGAGCAUAGCGAUGCCGGGCUUCUCUUCUUCUCCAUCUGGGGAGAUGGGUGGUAUGGCAGUGAAAGGUGGAGUGGACAUAAAUCAAGUAGCUUCAUCAGGAACAGAAGAAGAAUGUAUGGAAGAAGAAGAUGAAAUAAGCCGGAAUGAUGGCGGGCCGACCCCCAGAAAGAAACUUCGUCUCACCAAAGACCAAUCACGUCUUCUCGAAGAAAGUUUCAGACUAAAUCACACCUUAAAUCCUAAACAGAAGGAGGCUUUGGCCCAGCAAUUAAACCUAAAGCCCAGACAAGUGGAGGUGUGGUUUCAAAACCGUAGAGCAAGGAGCAAGCUGAAGCAAACAGAAAUGGAGUGCGAGUACUUGAAGAGAUGGUUUGGAUCUCUGACGGAACAAAACAGGAAACUGCAGAAGGAGGUGGAGGAGCUGAGGGCCAUGAAAGUUGGCCCGCCCCACGGCCGCCACCCGCUGCCGCCUUCCACACUCACAAUGUGCCCUCGUUGCGAGCGUGUCACCACCACUACUCUCCUCGAAAAGAGUCCCACCACCACCCCCCCAGCCACUAAAAUGCCUUUUCUGCAGCCGCCGGCGUCUUGUUACAACUAAUUGUAUUAUUAGCUUUAACUUCAUGAUGUAGUAAGUGAUCAGUGAACUGUAGCUACGUACUUGGAGGAAAUUAAACAUAUGUGUUAACUAGUUUGUAUGUUCAUAUAUGGAGUGGUUCUAA